AUGACGCUUGAUGAAAAUAACCUGCGAUGUGUGUGGAUAACGUCCGAUUUUCCCAAACAACUAACACCAAUGACCAUCACAAUCGUGACGUUCUUUUUUCCAAAUGUAGUUACCUGGGUUACGUAUCUGCACAUUUCCCUUGCGCUUAAGACAUCCCCAGCAAUUAAAAAUAAUGGACGUUUAGCUCGAGCACGGCUUAAGCUUCUUCGUAUGUGCGUUAUAGUUGCACUGUUAUUCACAAUAUGCUGGUUUCCAAAUCAGCUUUACUAUGUCCUAUCUUCUUAUGGCCUUGUUAGAUUAGACACCACUUCUCAUUGGUUUACCGUCGUCCUUGUUAUGUUUAACUCGUGCAUCAAUCCCGUCAUUUAUUGUUCCACACACCAGGAAUAUAGAAAAAGGUUUCUUUCUUUAUUCCGUUGUGUCUUUAAUUCUUGGCUCUGUAAGAAACGAAGGGAGAUAAGUCUACCCAAAGAACACAGACUGCGAUCAAUUAGUGGAGAAUCUGAAGCGGAGAAAACUGGCGGUGGUGUGGUGUUCACCAGUUUUCGCAAUUUGAUUAACCAAGGGUACGAGGGCGACAACUGUUCACAACAGGAACGCAGUGGUGUUUGAAUUUAUCGCAAAAAUCUGGCAAUUUGCGUUCCGCUUAAGAACGAGGCACCAGGAAAACUUGUCAGUCAUCCCUUUUUACCCUGGAUCUUAACUAGGAUGGCACAAGCUACCCUAUUUUAUGCUCGCUGGUCAGCGGUCAGCGAGCAUGAUGGCCGCGUUUUUUGUUGGCUCUGCCAACUUGACAUAAUUUCUCACGUAAAUCUUACUUUUACUUUUACAAACUAAUCAAACAAGUAACAAACAAUGUCUUCAAAAAGAGGAAAGCAAAAAGAAGUUGUGGUAGAGGAUUUUGAGGCGUUUGUCCGCCACCGGUUGAGUUCAAUAAGUGACGACCUAAAAGAAAUGAAAGAAACUCAAGUCAAGAUUCAAAGAGACAUUGAAUCUCUUCAGGGUCAAAUCAAGAAAAUGAAAGCUCGAUUUCAAAACUGAAGGAAUCUUUGGAUACAAAGCUGGAGGUAUUAACAGGACAACUGCAUGAAGCUAACACAAGAAUCGACCAAAUCGAGAACGAUAUCACCAAGUAUGCAAAAGAGAUCGAUUACACCUACGAGAGAUUGUUGUCCCUGGAGAGAUAUUCUAGGGACUACAAUCUGAGAUUUUACAACAUCCCAGAAUCAACAGGCGAAGAUUGUAUUGCAAAGCUCCGUGAUAUCAUAGAAAAUGAUCUCCAAUUGCAAUCAAACAUCAAGAACGCCCACAGGAUCGGGCCCUUCAAGGAUGAUGGCACUCCCAGACCAAUUUUGGCUAAGUUUUUGUAUCGUCCGGAACGGNAAUACAAGAAGUUUAAAACAACAUUUCGAACAAAUGUGCAAUCUUCUGGAUUCGAUUUCAUGUAAGUUUGAUUUUAUCGGUUGCUCCGAGACAUGGUUCACCUCUGAAACUGAUUAUACACGUUUUCAAAUCCCAGGUUACACUUUACUCAAUGAAAAUCGCACCUUUUCGACAGGUGGCGGUGUUGCUUUGUAUGUCAGAUCAGGCUAUUCUUUCUCAAUUAGAAAUGACCUCAAAAUAGACUCAAUCGAAAACCUAUGGAUAGAAACUAAUGAUAUGAUUGUGUACACUUUGGGGAAAUAAUUAUAACGCUCCAUUGUCUCAAAUCGUAAAGUUACAAAACAAAGCGGUUCGUGUUAUAAAUGAUGUUCCUUUAAUGGAAUCAAUAACUCCACACUACACAUCCUUAGGCCUUCUGAAAUUUCCUGAUAUUGUUAAACUGAACACAUGUACGCUUUUUUAUGAUUAUUUCCACCAUGAAAAGUUUCCUAAUAUACCGGUUUCAUUAGUAUCUGAACUACAUAAUUACAGUACCCGCAGUGCAUCAUCCAAUCAAGUUGCAAUACCUUUAUUUCGAACUAAUCUUAGGAGAUUUUGCCCCAGCAUUAUUGGAAGCUUCUUUUGGAACAAUAUUCCGCAAUCCAUUAGAGACAAACCAUCUAAAAAAAUGUUUAAAGAAGCACUUCUAAGCUGCAGCUGGUACCUGGCUCAAUACUAAUGAAUCAAUAUCCCUUUUAUAACUUUCUGAGCUAUUUUGUCAUUUUUCCUUUACCUUUUUAUUAAUAAUCUUAAAUCCUUUGUUAUACAUAACUUUAAGGGGCACAAUAUUAGUUUAUCUAGAUGUGCCCUCUCCUUCCAAUAUACAAUGUAAUUCAAUUUAAGUGUUGUAAUUUCUAUUUUACGCGUUUAUUUCCUUUGUAAAUCUUUAUCUGUUACUAUAUUAUUUUUUCUCAGUUAUAUUUACAUAACUAUGUAUCAGCUAGGAAUUGGAGGAAUAAAUAAAAUAAUAAAAAAAAAAAUUGUUAUACUGAUUAACCUUGCCUUACGUUAGCGUGUAUGUGGAAAGAAAUAGAUAGAGGUGUACAAGUGACAGGAAGCACAAUAGGAAUAGCCCUAAUUACAUCAGCUGAGUCCCUGCAAGCUAAUACAUACUUACUAAGCAGCCGUCAAAACACCUUGCGAAAAAAUAUGCAACUAAAACAUGUGAAAGUAACGUAUGGCAAAAAGAUAACGUAAUGCUCAGUGUCUUAUAUCAUUUUAAAAGAAACUAUGAAAGAUAUCAUGGAACUCUGCAUCAAAAACACGAUAGUGUUAUGUUGCUUUGUACCGUCACACAAAAAUUUAACCAUUAGUAAGUAGAGCUCUUUAGCUUGUUUGUUUUAAUUUCCCAAAGAAAGUCUCAGGCCUAUUGGCCCUUUGUCUCUUCAUAAACUGUGCGUACAUAUGUUGUUGUUCCACCAGUUUCCCUGUUCCUCUUUUCCCCUUGUUCCCCUGUGUCCUCUGUUCCCUUUUUUUCGCUGUUCUCCUUGUUCCCCUUGUUCUCUUGUUCUCAACGGGUCCGAGAAGGUCAACAUGUUUGCCCCUUAGUUGUACAAAAGGUAACCAUGAUUUCUCAGAAAAGAUAAUGGCAUUAACCUUUUACCUUGUAGCCUACCCGUUUCUCCGGGGAAAGAGGCAAUUUACCCGUAUUUACGGCAGCGCGCACGGGUAAUUUACCCGUACAUCGAAACAAUGUAUGUUAAGUGUGUCACCACCUUCUAAUUUUUCUAAAUAAAUAUGCCAAACAAUGAAAGUCUGCUAAGUCAACGUAGUCUGUACAAACAUUCCGUCACGUUUUGCAGUUCUGUUUAGAUAAGUGCUAUGCUGACAUGAUUUUCCUUAGCACGGUUUGCCAAGUUUAACAAAAUAUAAACAGACGUUAUUUUCUACUUUCCGAAUGAAUGCACUAGAAGUUUUAAAUUAAAGUUUUAAACAGUUGUGAAAAAUUCAAGAUUACAUUUGGGCAUUUAAAAUGAUGUUUGCCCUCAUUAUUUUCUAUUGAAAUGCAAUGAACAAUCUAUUAAUAAGACGACAGCAAAGAGAAAAGGGACUUGAGGUUUCCCGAUACAUAUCAAGAGUAUCCUUCUUAUCAUACAAUAUUACUUAUCUUUUUUUCUCAGGUAUUCUUAUAGCAGCCACACCCAACUACGCUUUUGAUAGAACAUAUUUCUUUGAUAUGCUCGCCAUUUCCAAUUCCUGUUUUAAUUCCUGGGUUUACUCAGUUUUAUAUCACAAACUCAGGAUCAGUGAUUCUCUCAAGGCCUGCAAGUUAAUCCCAGUUGUUUGUAGCGCAGAAUAGUUAACAGUUAAUAAAUGAGGCUGAGUAUCUUAUGAAGAAUUAUGGAGAUCGAGGAGGGUGUUAUCCGUCGAGGCUGUAGGCCGAGGCGGAUAACACCCUCCGCGAUCUCCAUAAUUCUUCAUAUGAUUCGACAGCCGAAUUCAUUAAUUGUUUUAUUAUUCAUUAAAAAUAAUUGUUUAAAAACAUAGCUAAAACAUGCUUGCUUCCAUCGAUGUUAAGUUCAUCUUCGAUGGUGUACGUUUAGGUUUGUCCAGCUCCGCAAAUAUUCUCCAAAUAGUAGAUGUCGCCCUCCGAGUUGUCCUCUUGCUGUUUUUGCUAUGUUUUUAGCUAUUACUUCGUCUAGUUCCAGCUGUAGUUCUUACUCUUGAAACGAGUGAAGUGUAGGUCAUUUUUGUUUUCACAACCAAAACAACUCAAAAGGCCUCGUCCCUAGGUCUUCUCGGUUAACGGUUCAUUAACCUGUAGCGGGCUGCAUUUUUGACGUCAUUUCCUCGGUAAACACAAAAUUCUUUCAAAUUUGGUCAUCAGUUACUGGUUAUGGUGAAUUAUGCGUGUGCUUUUAGCCAAUCAGAAUUGGGGAAAUAUUUUUAAUGAAUAAUAAUAUUUUCUUUAUGGGGUGGUCCCUUAACGGUUGAUGGUGGUCCCGUAACUGGUGUCAAACUCAAUUCGGCAUUCUGCAUGCGUAAUGAGCAGUGAAUCUGUUACGAGAAAUUCUCUGUAUUUGGACAGAUUGAAAAUCUUUGAAUGGAUGAAAUUUCUCAGAGGACAUUUACAUCAAAUUCAGGGAAACUAUCACAGUGGUAUUUAGCGAUGGUAAGGCACGAGCGAUAUUUCAAAAGUGUCCAAAAUACACUUUAGAUAACUUUGAAAUAUCUAAAGCUGGUGUUAUUAUCAAUCUUAACAUAGCGCGGGUGAUUGCCCUUUCUGAAUCCUGCUUAAUCGCUGUGAUAAAAUUCUUUAUAUACGCCCAGCCGUGCCUAUACAAGAUGACGUCAGUUGUGUUUAUUAGACUGGGAUUCUAGCCUCUUACUUUUUAAAAACAAAAUCUUCAAUAAUCGAGGGCAAUAAUAAAGAACAUUCUAGGAUUUAUGGAAUUGAGCCUCUAGCCACUCAAACCAACAGAUAAAGCAAUGAACGUUUUUGUUAAGCAAUGUUAUACAAGAACUGGCUCAUGUUUAAGUUCAGCGUAUAUCAAAACGAGAGGAAAAAACUGAAUUUGCACAAAUUUGCUCCUUCCAAAUAUGUCGCAAAUAUACAAAUAAUAGGGAGUAAAUAUGAUCAUAUAUGACAAACACAUUUGCCAAGUUAUUUACACCCCCUGUUUUUUGGUAUACAGAUGUGGCAUUUACCAUUUUUACCAUGUACUCCACAGUAUUACAUAUUUGCGACAUUUUUGCAAGGAGCAAAUUUGUGCAAAUCCAUUUUUUCGUCCAGUGCAAGUUAUUGGUGCACUCAGAAAGUUUGGGUAGCUCUCAAGAACAUGGCGAGAGUUGCUGUCGCAUACACCUCGAGUAACUCACAUGCUACUCUCCAAACUUCACGGGUGCAUCCUAACUCGAUAUGCGCGCGCCAACGCCAGCAUCGGUCAAUUCUUAAAUACCACGUACAGUUCAUAGCUAGUUCAUGCUAUUAUUCGUUCAUCAAAGAAGCCGAUAAUUAUUUAUUUAGCAACGCACUAGAUACCUUUAUUACGUCAAGAAGCAAAUGAUUGACAGCUUCUUGUAUUAAGCGUCGAAAAUAUAGUAAAUAUAGAAAAUGUUAAAUGUUUUUGUAGUCACUUAGGUGGUAAGAGACCACAAAUUGACUUCACGUACAAAAAUUAGUCACGGUUAUGACUUUCAUUGUCCAUGAAACUGGUGGACUGUCAAUGUUUGGGAGUGUAAAGAAGUGAUUUUGAAUUGUCUCAGCCCAAAACUACUCCUUCCUCAGUCAGUCAUUUCUUCAUCGCGAAAGUAAGUGCUUUUGUUUAAUUUGGUCGUUAUCUCGGGGGCACCCAACGACAAUUUUCGGAAAAAUAUCUGUUCGGAAGACGAUUUGAGAUCUAGAAUUUUCGGAACAUUUGUUGUAAAAUUACUUGCUAGCCUGCCUCUCCUAGGAUUUUUGAACACCUAAAAAAUGGUAAAAUUACCCAUUUUCAACGGAUUUUUACCCUAAAAAGGUCACCUAGAAUUUUCGGGAGCCUUUUUUCUGGCUGAAAUUUUCGAACAGGUAAGUUUUGAUCCCUAAAAUUUUCGGAUCACUAGACUUUCAGCUAGGAAAUCCGAAUAGAUGAAAAAUUUAAAGGGGAUAAAAAUAUGCCCAUAUUCACCGUUUAAAUACUAAAACACGUUUAACAAUGCUAUGUUGAAGUGCUUUUGAACUAUAUUCUCGUUGGGUGCCCCUGUUAUCUGUAGCCUUUCUCAUGACAAUUCAAGUUCUUGCCUACAAGUCCGCCAUUAGCUGUCUGCACUUGACAAAUUCUUGGUACUUCGCUGUGAAAUUUUGCUGUCAAGGCGAACAUAACGUACAUGAUCUAAUAGACGCUAAUUGAUUAGACUGCGAGCAGUCCCUCAGGAUGGCCACGCGGGCGAGGAAAUUAGCGGAGCGAGCGAAAGUAAAAAACAAGAAGCCGAGGGAAAGCUGGGGAGGAGGCACCUCUCUCCAGUUUCCCUCUCGGCCAUUUCGCUCUCUCCAGUCCUGCCGAGCUUAAGCCGAGCUUAGGCUCGACUGACUGAAGAGGGACUGCUCGCAGUCUAUCCUUAUUAUAACAAAAUUCUCUAAUGUUGUGAUUUCCUAUCAUAACCCUGAUUUCAACAUUAAUGAUAAAGUGUUAUGCCUAAGUACACUCUUUUUAUUUUAUAAGAGUAUAUUUUAUAAGAAUAUCGAGGCUGAAAUUUGCGAAAAUUUAAGAAUAUUUCAAGAAUAAACUCCAGGCUGAGAUUUCGAAAAGUAGAUUGUUUUCGCGUGUUUUGUUUGUUGAAAAUCUGUAAAUAUAGUACAAAUAUACCUUUUUAACUGAUCCCUUUCUCUAAACGGCAAAAGUACGCCAAAACAAUACGAAAAAACCUGCAUUAACGUUAAUUGAUACCUUAAUGCAUGUAUGCUGGAACGAAAAUGUCAUAAGCUAUAAUUUAACAAAAAUUACAAGAAUAGUUUCAGCCUUUAAGAUCGACAGAAAAAUAAGAAUAUCCAGCCUGGGCCUGACAAACAACAUUCUUAUAUAAAAAAAGAGAGUAUUUGGUCAUCAUGUGUGCUCUAACAGGACAUUUGUACCUAAACGGGUUCAUUUUUUCUUCACGUCUUGCAAAAAACUGCAGGAAAGUCUCUCGGCCUCCUGAUAGAACCAGUGGCGGAUCAAGGGGAGGGGCCCGCCCCCCCCUCAUUUUUAAACCGUAAUGUCCCAUUAUGGCUCUUGAUGAACACUAUAGUGAGAAAAAGAUCUCGAUUUUUAGUUUAUCACCACAUUAUUAAGUCUGGAGAGAGAAAGGACCGGAAAUUGAACCACCGCUCAUAAUGCUCAUGUUAUUUGCAUAAAAUGGUUGUAUUUAAUAUAUGGCACGACUAAAUAAUGAUUUCUAAAACAAAAACAAUAAUAUUUUAAAAAUUUACACGCUUCGACGCGAUCCUGAAGCUUCCAACAAUUGUGAAUUCUAUUGGAAAAAUAAACUCACUUGAAUCAUUAUUUCAGCUCAAGCACUUGAUGGUUUAUUAACGUUAUAUUUUUGUCUUCAGAAAUUAAAGUAAAUUGGUAACUUUGUUUAAAUAGUUUCUAUUUCAAAAUAUAAUUUGGCAUGUCCACUUAGUCGCUUAAGGGCAAUAAAUCAUUUUUUACCAAAGAGCUUUAUAUGCUUCAAUCUACCCACAAAAUGGCAAACCUUACUCAGAAUGAAAUAUGUGCUGUGCUCUGUUCGAAAAGGCAAUACAAACCAACAUGAUGGAGAAAAAAUGGCUAUGUGAAAUUUUGCACAUAGUCGGUUUAUUAAACUCUGAAAAUCAAAUCCAAUACAAAUACAAACUAAAACUUUCAUUAAACAUGUAUUGCCGGCGAAGGUGAGGGCAAUCAACCGCCAAAGACCUUGCCAAGCAAGGGCACGCCCCACCCAAGCACGAAUUUCAUUCUGGGUAAAGGUAUUACAAAAUAUUUAAUAUUACAAAAUUGCAUAAUCUGUUCAGAUCAAAUCAAUAGUGCGGUUCCAACGUUGUGCCGCCCCUGCAAGCAACAACAUCACAACCUCUGACACAUUCAAUUACGAAACAGAUUCUAGAGAGGUUAUUCUAAUAUACUUUUUGAAAGCAUCAGAUUUCCAUCUACCCAAGUGCCUAAUCUUGUUGUCGGAAACCCCUUGUUCAGCCGCAUAAGUAGCAGCACCAAUCCUAAAGCUGUGUCCUUUAUAUCUGUUGGGAUCUAAGUUGCAUAGCCGAAUAACUGAGCCAAGCAUUUUUACUAAACUCGCUUCUUAAAACUGGGGACCCAUCGUGAUUAAUAAAAAGUGGGCCAUGUACUAUGCCACGAACAGAAACAUAAUCCAAGAAUGAUUGAACAUGACAUGCUUUCGGUUGUCUAUUCAAAACUAUAGAAAAAGGAUUUUGAUUGUAAUUAUGUUUAUAGCUUGUGAAUGUAAUUUAUCAAGGAAAAGACAUUGCCAUUCCCACUAUGUUUUUUAAAAACUUGAUCCAGUUGUAAAAGGUUACCAUUGACACUGUCUCGCAUUGACACUGUGAUUUCACCAAUAAGACGAAAUGCAAAAAAUGCCAUAGCACACAUGGCCUUAAAAAUAAAUAAUUCAUAUUGAGAAACACAAAAAAUAUCUAAACCUUUCAUGAUGCGAACUAAAAUGGGAAGGGUAAUAGGCAACCUUGAGUCCAGUUUGUAACCAAUCUUACCAUACCCUUUAAGCAUCUCAGUAAUGUAAAAAGUUUUGUUAGGAUCCCGUAGACCCGCUAAGCGAUGGAAAUACCCAAGGGCAGAAACAUAAGUAUUUACUGUGGAGGAAGCAUAUCUACGAUCAAAUAAAUAUGCAACAAACAAUGCCAAUUUGGCCGGCAACACUGGUAAAGAAAUGUGUGAGCUCUGUAAAAAACUUCUUUGAAAUUCUUCAUAAAGCUUCCAUGCCCUACGGUACGUUGAUACUGAAGACUUCUGUAAACUAGCAGAUAGAAGAUUAUGAACUAUAGAUGCCAGUUUGCCGGGAGUAGAUGGGAUGGGAUUGCUGUUGGCAUGGGAUCCAUGUAAGCUGGUGCUAGUUUCUUGAAACGCUCGAUCUACAAACGAGACAGUGCAUCAGCAAGAGUGUUCUUAAAACCCGAAAUAUGCUUCGCUUUAAACAAAAUAUUGUGCCUCAAACAAACUAGCACAAGUUUACGAACAAAAAUCAUUAAAGAAGUAUCUCUACAGGUAGACUUAUAUAUCACAUGUACUAAUGCCUCAUUAUCAGUAAAGAAUGUAAUACACCUGUCCCUAAUAUGGUCACCCCACAACAUUAAACUCAGAACAAUUGGGUAAAAUUCCAGAAUUGCAAUAUUUUGACCCAACCAUUCCUUAGGCCAUUCACCAUAGCACCAGUGAGAACCAAAUACAGCUCCAAAACCGUGCACCCCUGCCGCAUCAGUAAAUAACUGUAGGCUCACACUAUUUUCCCAUUUCUUAUUAAGAAGAAAUGAUUUACCAUUGUAUUCUUGAAAAAAAUGUUGCCAAGUAAACAAAUCAGCCUUCACCUCCUUAAAAACACGAACAAAAUGACCUGGUCUUUUGAGGCUAAUUGUCAAGUCGAUAAGCCGUCUUAAAAAGCAACGGCCUGGAACAACCACUGAACAAGCGAAAUUUAGUACCCCGGUAAGUGACUGCAACUCUCUCAAUGUUGCCUUCUUCUUUUUGAUAUAUUCAGCAAUCAACUGUUUACAUUUCAAUAAUUUAUCUUCAGGUAAGCGUGAUUCACAAUGGAUAGUGUCUAGUUCCACACCUGCCAAUGUCAAAAUUGUAGAUGGGCCAAAUGUUUUUUCAGGUGCCAUGGGAAUGCCUAAAAAAUCACAUAAUUCUAAGAAGAGUCCGAGACUUCUUAAAUUCCCCUGGGGUUUUCUUUGGAACAAUACCCAGGGGUGACACUCUGAAAACAGGAAAGGGUGGUGUAUCAAAAGGCCCAGCCAACCUACGGGCUUCCAGCUCCUUAGCUAAUUUUUGAUCAACUACUUGGGACUGUUGUCGUGCAGAUAACAAAUUAGGAGAUUCAUAAGAUCUACUUUGACCAACCGAAAAGAGAUGAAAUCCAUACUUAAAUCCAUCAAUUAAAAACAUUCACUUUUGAAAGUCGUACCCUUCUAGCAAAAAGUCAAGUCGGUUUACCUUUACUGGUGUUGGGAGUGGUAGGAUUGGCAGCAACAGGUUUUCCAGUGAAGUUACGAAAAUUAUGGCAAUUUAUCAUUUGAUGAGUCUUUUGACAUAAUGGGCAUGAAUGCUUAAAAUUACAUCCAACACAUUUUAAGCCUUUAUGAUACUUCCAGCAAUAACCUUUGGUAACUCGAAAGCCUGACUUCGAUUCAUCCUCAAAUCUCUUUAUCUGUGAAUAAUAUUAUUUUUGGAUGGCUGCGAUCUAAUCCACAACUCCCAAUGCACUGCACCCCAAGAACAUGCUUUGAGGUCUUUUUGUCAGAGAUAUCGAAAGUUCUCGUCAUAAUAUCGCCAGUUAUAUCCUCUUGCUGCCAAAUCCCUAAUAGUUUCACUAUACUUCAUUAAAAAGGGGGCUUCAACAGGAUAUCUCUGUGUGUAGACACCCACAAAGAUUUGGUAGGCUGUGACCCACAUUUCAAUUGAAUUGAUAUGUUUUAACUUUUGCUUUGGCUCCAAUGUGAUGCGUGGUUGGUCAUUUGAUGAUGCCAUGUCAUUUGAAAGGCAUAGAAGGAAACUGUCAUGUUUUUUCUUAUUAUCUGCGAGCAAUCCAAAAUCGACAUAUUUAUGGGCCCAUAUUUUUCUUUUUAGCCUGUCACAAACUGACAUGUCAAUGGGAAUGUCUGAUGACACAAAAAUAUCUUUAGGCUUAUACUAGUGCUUCCUGACAACCUAUCCAAUACAGUCGCAAUCGACCCCUGUACAGUUGCGGCUGAUGUGCUAGCCUGAUCUGAACUAUUUAAAUUUCAGAAGUAUUAACCUGAGAACCACUUAACUUAUUGAUGACUGGUUCAGCGACAACUGACCCCUGUACGGCUGAGGCUGUUCCAGGCAAUGAAACAUUUCCAGUACCUGCAUUAUCAUUGAAUUGUGUAUUUUGUUAUUUUUGUAAUACUGCAUUUAUCACCCUCUCAAUCAAGUCAUCAAUGCCAGCAUACGGAGGACCUGCUGGGCCUGGGAGCUGAUCUGCUUGUUCUUCAUUCUCCUCCACCCGUCUACGGCGACUAGCUGGCUGUUGCUCGGACUCUUGCAAGAUAGUAGUUUUUCUCUUCAAUCUAGCUGAUGCCCGGCGAGACAUCCUGAAACGUAAAAUAGCUCAACACCAGUAUACAUGUAAGCUAGAAACAUAUACAAGCUUUUCCAUUGCUAACAAGGUCAUUAUGCCCAAAAAGAACCAAUCCAGAUUAUAAAUUUCAGCAAAUGCCCAAUGACACAAGUAAAGUGAAUGCCCAUAGGCAUGGUAUGAGUAACAAAACAACAUCCAACAACAACAUUAAUCAGGGAGUUUAAUUAUCAAAUUUGCUCCAUCUAAAUGACUGAAGAAGAUCUCAACAUGAUCAAAAACAACAACUUCGAGAUAAACAUGGCAUAACCGCCGAUUUCACAUAUAUCCGAAAUAUAUAACAUGCCUGUUUUUAUAGUACGAUAAAGAAAACCUUCCGACAACCUCUGGUUGGGAAAAAUAUAUAAUACUAAACAUAUAGCUUGGUCAAGAAACUAUGCACUACAUGGUACAAAUUAAACCCAAAAUUAAACAAUGAAACAGGACAUCACAACAUGAACUUAUACAUGAACUAUGGCAUGGAUGGCUUGGCAGACUACACAUGUUGCCCGAACAUAUAAAAUGCCUGUCCCUAUAAAUGCCCUAAAAAAGUUUCAACAACCUCUGGUUGGACAAAUGCAAAAAGACCAAACCUGUAGCUUGGUCAAAAAACCAUGCACUGCAUUGUACAAACUCAAACUUACAUAACAAACAGGACUUCACAACGUGAACAUGUACAUGAACUAUGGCAGGGAUGGCUUGGCAGACUACACAUGUCGCCGAAACAUAUAAUAAUGCCUGUCCCUAUAAAUGCCAUAAAAAACAUUCCAACAACCUCUGGUUGGACAAAUACAAAAAGACCAAACCUGUAGCUUGGUCAAAAAACCACGCACUGCAUUGUACAAACUCAAACUUACAUAAUAAACUGGACUUCACAACAUGGACAUGUACAUGAACUAUGGCAGGGAUUGCUUGGCAGACUACACAUGUCGCCGAAACAUAUAAAAAUGCCUGUCCCUAUAAUGCCACAAAAACCUUCCAACAACCUCUGGUUGGACAAAAACAGAAAGACCAAAACCAUAGGUUGGUCACAAAUCCAUGCCGAAGCAUGGCACAAAAACAUAAUUAAACAUGAACAUUCCAACAACCUCCGGUUGGACAGAAGUGAAAAGACCAACAAUGUAGAUUGGUCAAAAAUCCAUGCACAGCAUGGCACAAACACAAUUAAAUGACAAAACAGGACAUAACAACAUAAACAUACAUCUAACAAGAACGGAAUUUUUGCACGUCCCAAAUACAAAACAACAUACGUCAGUUUGUAAUUUAUGAUUGGAAAUACAAUCACAGUUUUAUUCACAUCGAAAUGACCAUAAGCUGACAUUCAAUUUGAGUUUUCAGCUGAAAUUAAUAAUUUCUGUUGUAUCCAUUUGGAUAAUAUCGACAUUGCCAACAACAUAAACCCAAAAUGAAGCGGAGGAUUAUCAACACAAUGUAUUUGCCAUGAGCAUUACUCACUCAGACUUAUUCAAAAUGUACACAGUAUGUUUCCAAGUCACCACUGGGGCGACGAACGAAAGAAUGACCAAGUAUCAUUACUUUCGGGACACACAAAGCUAUUUUGGACUGAAAGGAAAUAAUUUAUUUGAAAGGUCAGAUCGCUCGUAUGUACAAAAACCGAAGCGAUGCGACACCAGCCAGAAAUGUUGUUCAGAAUGGUUAAAAGUCAUUAAAAACCAAUUGGAAAGUGAAAAUGGGUUGCAAGUUACGACCAUCGAUGCAAAAUUCAAAUCAGUACCCUCGAUUCCAUGUUCCUAUCCUCUUUCCAAAGUACUGUACUCAUAAACUAUGUAACAGUCCGGAACAUCCCAUGUUUUGCGCACAGGAUUCUGGGAUCGCCAGGGGGCAAACAUUGCGAAUCGCUACAAAGAAAUGUAUGGCGUGGAGUUGUUUCUCCGUUAAAAGCGGUGUCUUUGGACAUAGAAUGCCGCAUUUUGCCAUGAUUUUAUGAGAAACGGAGGUCACUAAUGUUGGUGCGUUGAAAUUUCAAGUUUCUGUGUGCAUAAUGCGAUAAAUUCUAUCGAUAAACACUCCUUGCGUGAGGUUGAGUGUGAAAUUUAUGUUUACUGAAUUUACACAGACAUGAAGAAUUCGAAGAAAAGGUCUCGAAAUAUAUAGUGCAAAUUUAGGUAUACAUGUAGGGGGAUUGGUUCAUGUAAGCGUUUAAGUUAUAAUUACGUGUGGUGAUAUUUACGACGAGUGUGUAGCGAGAAGAAAUCAAUAUACUAAUGUGCAGAAGGUGUUUUUGCUUUUAAAUUUAAUACAUAUCAAAUUCGACAAUACAUAAGCUUACCUUUGAUCGUUGUCACAAACCGGCACAGUAUUGUGAUCGCCGCCGAGCGGAGCGUAAUUACACUUGUUGUAAAUAUGAGCACGUGUAAGUACAACUGGAAAGGCUUAAAUGAGUCCGCAUUCUCCGCUCAUUUAUACCUAAGUUAGUACUAAAUAUUUCGAGACCAUUUAGUGAAUUCACAGUCGACCUUUCGCAAGAAUCAGUGUUUAUCGAUAGAUUUCAUCGCAUUGAUCCGCACCAACAUUGGUCACCUCCGCUUCUCAUAAAAUCAUGGCAAAAUGUUGCAUUCUCUGUCCAAAGACACUGCUUCUAACGGAGAAACAGCUCCACGCCAUACAUUUCUUUGUAGCGACUUGCAAUGUUUGCCCCCUGGCGAUCCCAUAAUCCUGUGCGCAUAGCUAAGUGUCCGAUUACUGGAAAAAGGACAGGGCCAGCUGGUCACGCCACUCUUUUCAACCAAUUAGAAGGUGCCCUUGUGUUUAUCAACAAACAAAUCAAAACAUCGCCCCAGUGCUCAAAAAUUUUCACAACAACGGACGGAGUCGACGGACAAAAAUUAAAGAUGAGCUUACAGUACUCGUCUAGGUUUCGCAUUUAAUAUUUCAAAGAAAACAUUUCAUGUAAGAGAAUAAGAGCAUUAUUCAUUGCAAGGAAUCAUUGGGGUGUUCGAACUGAUUCCGGACCGAUCGCAGUGGUCGUGGCUUCACUGGCAUGGUUUGCAAGAUUUUUGAUAGAAACAAACUGGUCCCGUGUAAAAAUAGCCUUAGAAAGAGUGUGAAAAUUUGUUGAGAUCAUAAAAAACAGGAUUGGUACUACCUAUUAGCUUCUACAGGACAAGAAUCAAAGAACCAGUCAUCAUAACAAGAAUAAAAAGUAGUUCAAAUUUAUUAAUUUUAUUUUUCUUGUUUGUUUUUUGGUGUUGUUUCGUGUUGAUCUUUUCUUGCUUGCUGUAGUACCUGCAAUGUUUUAAUUUGAUCCCAGAUUCAGUGCAUGUUCAAUGAGAAGCGAAAUACAUUGAAAUUUGCCUUCUUCCUUUGAUUGUUUUUUAACGGUGGAUGAACAUUUGGAGAAUCCAGCAACAUUAAAUCUUUUCAGAUUUGGUGAAUUUCACAAACAAAGCUGUUAGAAUCUACCUUGCGCUUAUGAUCUUCAAUUUCAUCCCCACAAAUUCGGCAAAAUUAGGCGAGAUGUUGGACGUGAAUAUCCAUAAGACUAAUAAAGUUGUUUUGGCCUUGAAAAGAAAAAAGGCAAAGGCUCGUACUAAUGCGAAAAAAAGUAACAACACGGCUCUGUGAGAAACCCGGGAAUGGAAAACGUACGUGUUUUGGACCUCGGCAUUCAGAACUGGUCUACCAAAAUUCUAGGUUGUCUACCAUGCAUCCCCACAUUCAACAUGAUAAAAGUUAAUCGAUAUGACAAUCAAGGAUCUAAAACUUCGUAAAAAAAAACUGUGAAUCGAAAAAUAAUAGAUACUUGUUCACCUACCUUGAAAACCGACCAAAAUCUCGCCCAUACAUCGCGUUGUUUAAAAGAAGAAAUAAGCCACAAAAUGUGCUGAAUAUUUCACGAGACACUUCCAAUAUGGCUUCCGAUACGCUGUCCACUUAAAAAAAUUGUGUAUACCUCAUGAAAACUCUUAAAAAUAUGCCUGAGAGCCUCGAAACGAUAACUGAGUCCGCUGUUUUUGAAAAUAUUUGAUCACAGCAGCGAUGUUUUGAUUUGUUUGUUGAUAAACACAAGCACGCCUUCUCAUUGGUUGAAACGGUGUCGCAUGACCAGUUGGCCCUGUCCCUAAAUUUAGGGAUAUUCCGGACUGUGUAAGGCUAAACUGGCACAUAAAAUUUUAUUUGAAGACAGAUAAUGCAUUUUGUGAUAGCAUGAUGAGAAAAUUCCUCUUUUUUUUGCUAAUAUCAGUAUGAUUUUUAAGAACGCCCGAAGCGUGCAAUACUCUCGCACCCCGGGUCUCGUCCUUUCAAUUCCCAUCACAGGUAACCCAAGCUCGAAAUAUGAGCAUCGGCGAGCAUCGGCAUUGAUGCGUAACAUUCAAAAUAUAAGGAUUUGUAUGGGAAAAAAAACGUAUCUUUUCUGUAACCUACGAAAAUGAAAGGAUUUCAAUAAAAAAGAACUUACCUUACUUAAAAUGUGCGUUACGUCUCUCCUGUGUGUUGCACGGGCCGAUUUAUGGCCGUUUUAUGGGUUUUUAUGUAAACGGUUUUCUCUCUAUAUAAAGGUUUAUAUAGACCACACAGGAGAGACGUGGACCACACAGGAGAGACGUAACACACAUUUUAAGUAAGGUAAGCUGUUUUUUAUUGAAAUCCUUUCAUUUUCGUAGGUUACAGAAACGAUAGGUUUUUUUCCCAUACAAAUCCUUAUAUUUUGAAUGUUACCCAACAAUGCCGAUGCUGGCCGAUGAUCAUAUUUCGAGCUUGGGUUACCUGUGAUGGGAAUUGAAAGGACGAGACCCGGGGUGCGAGAGUAUUGCACGCUUCGGGCGUUCUUAAAAAUCAUACUGAUAUUAGCAUUUGGUAUUAGCAUUUAUUGAAAUCCUUUCAUUUUCGUAGGUUACAGAAACGAUAGGUUUUUUUCCCAUACAAAUCCUUAUAUUUUGAAUGUUACGCAACAAUGCCGAUGCUGGCCGAUGAUCAUAUUUCGAGCUUGGGCUACCUGUGNAAUUAGGAUUUUGCAGCAAAAUAUGAACGCCACUCUAUUUUAUUGCUAUUAACUAAGUUCUUAAGAGCGACUGUCUGUAAAUAUCGACCAAAAUUGCUCAAAAGUCGGCUUUUUUGAACGACGUCGACGACCGAGCCCAACGAAAACAGACUUUAAACAAGUACAGUGGUGUGUUUUAUUAAUUUAAGCAUCCGUCAAAAGGCAUAAAUAUGUUAAAUUUAAGACGGAGACGACCAAUAUUAAAUAAUUAGAACACUUUCUUUUUUCUUGCGAGUUUUCUCUUUCAAGUAAUUAUGUAUAAGUACACAUGAUACAUGUACGUUUCAAUGUAUUACUAUCACGCUUAUAAAGGUACUUUGUAACGAACGUUUCAGAAAAUACUUUAACUCGUUUCGAUCGAUGAUGAAACACCAUCGUCAAAAACAAAUCGCCAAAAUCUACAGCAAAGCGGAAAAUAGAAAAAAAGUGGCUUUUGACUAAUGCUAAAGCAGGAAUAGCUGCAGCGUGAGUAUGAGCUUUUAAAAUGUCAAAUGCUCCUAAAUGGACAUCUAUAGAUCCCUCGCAUCGGCAUUGGAAAAAAACUCUCCAGCCCACUAUGAACUAGCCUGUUCCAGGCGUAGUGGACAGUGGAUAGUGGAUAGUGGACAGUGGCGCGAAAUGGAGAACGGAGGAAAACAAACGUGGAAGAGAUUAAGAGGGAGAGAGUAGGAGGAGGAAAAGAGGUUCUUUCGCCCUCUCUCCCUAACCCCGCCCCUUCGCCAUUUUUUCUAGCUCACUUUUCUUUCCUUUUUGCCAACUAUCUGAAGGCCUGUUACAAGUUAACUACGUGGAUUUUUUCAUUUCCAACUUUUUAUGGUAUAUAUUCAACUUGAGCGUCGAGCACUUUUGGCGCUUUGUAAUUGAUCAGCAGGAACGGAUUUGGUAGUACUAACUUUUCAACUGCUUUUAGACUGCGAAACUGUCAUUUUUUUCUUUCUUGUUUUCUUUGUAAAUUUCUAUCGUAUUUUUUAGACGUAUUUUUCGCUUCUCUCCCCAGUCUCACUCACUCUCCCCCCACCCCCCGCUGCUUCAGACAAGACAGCCCGACCAUUUGUUUUGCUUCAGACCACUCGUUCGAUUAUUCGCGCGUUCUUGGCUUACGCAAAAAGUACGGGAUAGGUUUGUCUUAAAAUUUCAAGGUGUUGCAGUGAAUCAACCUUUAUGAAAGUUUCGGGCAUUAUUAUAUACAUUAUGAAGAUUAUGCGAAGAGAUUUUAAAAAAAUUCGUUGAAGUCGUUUCAGAGAUAUACAAAAAAGCGCUAAAAGUCCAAAUUUUGAAUGAGGUUGCGCUUAGACAGGUGGUGAGAAAACGGGUCAGUUUUUAAGAUUGCAAGAACGAAAAUAUACCGUUAUUUAAGAAUAAUUUGAGUCAUUUUUAACGUUUUUAUGAAACAAUCUAUCACGGCUAUUGAAAAUUUAGGGUUUGAAGUAUAUUUUCGUUUUAGUCGAAUUCAAGCAUACAGAAUUUUUUACUUCUUACGGAGGGUAUUUGCUAAACACCAAACUUUAAGUUCCUAGUGUUGGAUUUUUAGUAGCUGGUCUAGAUCGCGCAAAAUUAGGCGUUUAUCAAUUUCAAAAUUUUUUGUUUAUUGUUGUCAUAGUAAUAUCGAUUUUAUUAAAACCUACAUUUUGACAAUUUUCAAUCUAUAGUCAAUCAUUGGUGAAAAUUUUAUAGCGAUCAGACAAGGAUAAAAUCACUUUUAAAGUGACUGAAAAAUAACUGUAUGGCCUCUGAAAAACUACAUCGAAACACCUUAAAGCGUAUCUAUCGAUAAAACUGGCGUGACGCGCUCUGUCACGCUAUUUUCAACCAUGCAAAUGUCGCAGUUUUUCGCAAAAUUAGGGUUGAACUCAAUGUCUUGCGGGCUACUUAAAAUCGUUUGCCCAGAGAUUUGUUUCGAUUUUCUUGUAGAUUGGGGCCUAGUAAUGCCGUAGAAAGCAAUUCGCGAAUUUCUAAGUCAUAGCGCGUGGUUAAAAUUUGCAUUAUUUUAUCCCCAUAAUGUUAAACGGUAAAAAUUGUCAAUAGGGCCUAUUUUUAAUAAUACCUUUUUGGCCACAAAAAUAUUCCAGCUUUUACAAAUGUAUCGUUUUAUAAGGAAGAAAGGGUCAUAAAAACUAUUCGUGUUCUUCAAAGACUGCCAAAUCGUUGUAGUUUGACGUACGAGUCAAUGAAAUUUGUGUAAAAUUUCGCUUUCCCGGAAGUGGAGUUUGAGCCCCGAACGGGCAAAAGGAGUUUUCUCGAAUUUUAACAAAAGAACACGUUAUUUGGGAAAACUAACUACAGCAUGUUUCAUUACUCAUUAAAGGUUAUCGAUGAGCCAAAAAUGAGCGAAAUCAAAUUUUGAACUUGUGCCUACCGUGGGUCGAUAUUUACGGAAAGCCGCUCUUAAAAAGUCAUGCAAUAGACCUCAUUUAGGAUGCCCACCGUCUGUGGAUGUAAGUACGCAGGUAUUGAUGGGUGAAGACAAUGUCGCGUGCUCUCUGAGGGGGUAACAAGUGAACUUAAAAAUGAUUGCUAAGGAGUUUAUUUAUUCCGUCAAAAUUAAAAAGCACUUACUAUAGUCAUGAGAAAUAUACAGAUCGAGUUUCAUCGAGGUUCAUGUCAUUAUUGGUAGGUACAUCUACGGUCGUUUUUGCAUCCAAAAACACCACGACAGUUUUUGGUUCCAGAUAUUUUUUUUCCAUUAUCAUCUUGAACCGAGUUCAAUUCCUUUACUUAUUGUUGUCUAGAAUGAUCAAACUCGACGGUGAUUACUUGCAUUGUCAAAGUUUAUCGGCGUUUUGCGCCCCAAGAAACCACGUGGCAUUACAUUUAUCCUAUUCUCACUAGGGAAAACAACCACAAAACUGAGCAUCAAUGCCCUUCCUAAAUUCUCAGCGUGACCCAGGGGAAUACGGGGCAUACCCGCAGACCUUGUCCCUCGGUUUUAAAGGGGCAGGUUCACGGUUCAGCGAAUGCUCAUUUCUCAAAAUGCUGUUUUUCUGCCGCGACCUACUGUAUCGUCUAUGGAAGCAAUAGACCUUUUUACCGAUACGGCGGCCAUAUUGAAUUUACUGGAUUUAAGGAGUAUUAUGGGAUGCCCAGGGGGCACUCGCUCAGUAUUUACGCGCGCUUUUCGGGCCAACAGAGAACUUCACUGAAUAUUUCUCGGGAAAAAGGCGAUCAUUAUUACGUCCAAAUACUGCACAACGAUUUUUUUUUCCAUUACAAUCUUUUUCUAGGAAAACUUAAAGAAAAAUUGGCCCGGAAAGAGCGCGUAAAUACUGAGCGAGUACAUCGGAUCGUGUUCAUGCCCCCUGGGCAUCCUAUAAUACUCCUUAAAUCUAAGAAAUUAAAUAUGGCCGCCGUAUCGGUAAAAAGGUCUAUUAUCAUGUCAUAAUGAUGUCAAAGAACCAAUCUGCACACUCCCCUAGCAGUCCCUUGAUCAAUUCAUGUGAAAAUAACUGUAAAUUAAUCAGCCAUGGAAUAAAACUUUCGGGUCAACAAUAAAUUCAACGUUGGUAGUGUUGGCAUAAUCCACUAAUUUUUUGCCAUUUUUUACUCCUCCAUCUUACUUCGGGUUACUUUGAAAUACACUCUGAGAUCACUGAGAUACAUGUGAGUGGAAAUAUUAACCGAUAGAAUUAAUAAUAAAUAUCUUUCAAGUAAUUAUGUAUAAGUACACAUGAUACAUGUACGUUUCAAUGUAUUACUAUCACGCUUAUAAAGGUACUUUGUAACGAACGUUUCAGAAAAUACUUUAACUCGUUUCGAUCGAUGAUGAAACACCAUCGUCAAAAACAAAUCGCCAAAAUCUACAGCAAAGCGGAAAAUAGAAAAAAAGUGGCUUUUGACUAAUGCUAAAGCAGGAAUAGCUGCAGCGUGAGUAUGAGCUUUUAAAAUGUCAAAUGCUCCUAAAUGGACAUCUAUAGAUCCCUCGCAUCGGCAUUGGAAAAAAACUCUCCAGCCCACUAUGAACUAGCCUGUUCCAGGCGUAGUGGACAGUGGAUAGUGGAUAGUGGACAGUGGCGCGAAAUGGAGAACGGAGGAAAACAAACGUGGAAGAGAUUAAGAGGGAGAGAGUAGGAGGAGGAAAAGAGGUUCUUUCGCCCUCUCUCCCUAACCCCGCCCCUUCGCCAUUUUUUCUAGCUCACUUUUCUUUCCUUUUUGCCAACUAUCUGAAGGCCUGUUACAAGUUAACUACGUGGAUUUUUUCAUUUCCAACUUUUUAUGGUAUAUAUUCAACUUGAGCGUCGAGCACUUUUGGCGCUUUGUAAUUGAUCAGCAGGAACGGAUUUGGUAGUACUAACUUUUCAACUGCUUUUAGACUGCGAAACUGUCAUUUUUUUCUUUCUUGUUUUCUUUGUAAAUUUCUAUCGUAUUUUUUAGACGUAUUUUUCGCUUCUCUCCCCAGUCUCACUCACUCUCCCCCCACCCCCCGCUGCUUCAGACAAGACAGCCCGACCAUUUGUUUUGCUUCAGACCACUCGUUCGAUUAUUCGCGCGUUCUUGGCUUACGCAAAAAGUACGGGAUAGGUUUGUCUUAAAAUUUCAAGGUGUUGCAGUGAAUCAACCUUUAUGAAAGUUUCGGGCAUUAUUAUAUACAUUAUGAAGAUUAUGCGAAGAGAUUUUAAAAAAAUUCGUUGAAGUCGUUUCAGAGAUAUACAAAAAAGCGCUAAAAGUCCAAAUUUUGAAUGAGGUUGCGCUUAGACAGGUGGUGAGAAAACGGGUCAGUUUUUAAGAUUGCAAGAACGAAAAUAUACCGUUAUUUAAGAAUAAUUUGAGUCAUUUUUAACGUUUUUAUGAAACAAUCUAUCACGGCUAUUGAAAAUUUAGGGUUUGAAGUAUAUUUUCGUUUUAGUCGAAUUCAAGCAUACAGAAUUUUUUACUUCUUACGGAGGGUAUUUGCUAAACACCAAACUUUAAGUUCCUAGUGUUGGAUUUUUAGUAGCUGGUCUAGAUCGCGCAAAAUUAGGCGUUUAUCAAUUUCAAAAUUUUUUGUUUAUUGUUGUCAUAGUAAUAUCGAUUUUAUUAAAACCUACAUUUUGACAAUUUUCAAUCUAUAGUCAAUCAUUGGUGAAAAUUUUAUAGCGAUCAGACAAGGAUAAAAUCACUUUUAAAGUGACUGAAAAAUAACUGUAUGGCCUCUGAAAAACUACAUCGAAACACCUUAAAGCGUAUCUAUCGAUAAAACUGGCGUGACGCGCUCUGUCACGCUAUUUUCAACCAUGCAAAUGUCGCAGUUUUUCGCAAAAUUAGGGUUGAACUCAAUGUCUUGCGGGCUACUUAAAAUCGUUUGCCCAGAGAUUUGUUUCGAUUUUCUUGUAGAUUGGGGCCUAGUAAUGCCGUAGAAAGCAAUUCGCGAAUUUCUAAGUCAUAGCGCGUGGUUAAAAUUUGCAUUAUUUUAUCCCCAUAAUGUUAAACGGUAAAAAUUGUCAAUAGGGCCUAUUUUUAAUAAUACCUUUUUGGCCACAAAAAUAUUCCAGCUUUUACAAAUGUAUCGUUUUAUAAGGAAGAAAGGGUCAUAAAAACUAUUCGUGUUCUUCAAAGACUGCCAAAUCGUUGUAGUUUGACGUACGAGUCAAUGAAAUUUGUGUAAAAUUUCGCUUUCCCGGAAGUGGAGUUUGAGCCCCGAACGGGCAAAAGGAGUUUUCUCGAAUUUUAACAAAAGAACACGUUAUUUGGGAAAACUAACUACAGCAUGUUUCAUUACUCAUUAAAGGUUAUCGAUGAGCCAAAAAUGAGCGAAAUCAAAUUUUGAACUUGUGCCUACCGUGGGUCGAUAUUUACGGAAAGCCGCUCUUAAAAAGUCAUGCAAUAGACCUCAUUUAGGAUGCCCACCGUCUGUGGAUGUAAGUACGCAGGUAUUGAUGGGUGAAGACAAUGUCGCGUGCUCUCUGAGGGGGUAACAAGUGAACUUAAAAAUGAUUGCUAAGGAGUUUAUUUAUUCCGUCAAAAUUAAAAAGCACUUACUAUAGUCAUGAGAAAUAUACAGAUCGAGUUUCAUCGAGGUUCAUGUCAUUAUUGGUAGGUACAUCUACGGUCGUUUUUGCAUCCAAAAACACCACGACAGUUUUUGGUUCCAGAUAUUUUUUUUCCAUUAUCAUCUUGAACCGAGUUCAAUUCCUUUACUUAUUGUUGUCUAGAAUGAUCAAACUCGACGGUGAUUACUUGCAUUGUCAAAGUUUAUCGGCGUUUUGCGCCCCAAGAAACCACGUGGCAUUACAUUUAUCCUAUUCUCACUAGGGAAAACAACCACAAAACUGAGCAUCAAUGCCCUUCCUAAAUUCUCAGCGUGACCCAGGGGAAUACGGGGCAUACCCGCAGACCUUGUCCCUCGGUUUUAAAGGGGCAGGUUCACGGUUCAGCGAAUGCUCAUUUCUCAAAAUGCUGUUUUUCUGCCGCGACCUACUGUAUCGUCUAUGGAAGCAAUAGACCUUUUUACCGAUACGGCGGCCAUAUUGAAUUUACUGGAUUUAAGGAGUAUUAUGGGAUGCCCAGGGGGCACUCGCUCAGUAUUUACGCGCGCUUUUCGGGCCAACAGAGAACUUCACUGAAUAUUUCUCGGGAAAAAGGCGAUCAUUAUUACGUCCAAAUACUGCACAACGAUUUUUUUUUCCAUUACAAUCUUUUUCUAGGAAAACUUAAAGAAAAAUUGGCCCGGAAAGAGCGCGUAAAUACUGAGCGAGUACAUCGGAUCGUGUUCAUGCCCCCUGGGCAUCCUAUAAUACUCCUUAAAUCUAAGAAAUUAAAUAUGGCCGCCGUAUCGGUAAAAAGGUCUAUUAUCAUGUCAUAAUGAUGUCAAAGAACCAAUCUGCACACUCCCCUAGCAGUCCCUUGAUCAAUUCAUGUGCAAAUAACUGUAAAUUAAUCAACCAUGGAAUAAAAAUUUCGGGUCAACAAUAAAUUCAACGUUGGUAGUGUUGGUAUAAUCCACUAAUUUUUCUGCCAUUUUUUACUCCUCCAUCUUACUUCGGGUUACUUUGAAAUACACUCUGAGAUCACUGAGAUACAUGUGAGUGGAAAUAUUAACCGAUAGAAUUAAUAAUAAAUAGAAAAAAGCAAUUUAAUUGAUGAACAUGCGCCUAACCGUGAACUUGUCCCUUUAAGACUAGUCUGAUUGAUUAUUCAGCCAGCCAGUUCUAGUAAGGUUUAGGUCUCGGCACCCUCGAUAGCAGUUCUUGUUUUUCGCUUUCAUCGCUGCGCCCCGUAUAACUCAAAUUCCAGCUACCCCUUUGGGAGAAUACGUCCAUGCAGUUUUUAGCCUUCCACAGCUACAAGGCACAUAUGUGUACCGCUACUGCCCUCUUUUCCUCAUCGGAAAGGAUGAUAUAAUAGGCAGUAAGAUCCAUUUGAUACAAGAAAGGACUAGUAAACUGUGAAAUCAUUGCUCUUGUGAAAACAUCAAAGGUGAAACAUGUCUUGUUUGUCAUAGGGAUAUUUCGACCUGCUGCAAAUAAUAUACUUGUUGAUAUUCUAGCAACCUCAUUCUUUAUCUCAUCUUUAUUUUCAAGGA